AUGCAGUAUGAAGACAUAAAGAGUUUCGCAUUCACCGCCACAAAGGCAAUGCUCUGUGUCACUAGGGCCUUGAGUUUAAUAUUCUCACCACCAUACUCUCCACUCCGCAACAAGACCCACAUGGACUGCCGUCCCAGAAUCCUCCAUGGCAGUAAUGUCUCGAGGUCUACUUCUCUUUCUCCUCCAAGAGAAGCACACAGAGUGGUCAGUGGUGAAGCCACCAUAAGCCUCCCAGAAUGGCAGGCGUGGGGUACUUCUUCUCCAGUACCCGCCAUGGUUACAGAGAUUGUUGAGGACUUGAAGGUUUUGGAGAGAGAGACAGAUGCCCAGAUGAGUUUUGGAAGCAAUCAUGGCAAACUCCAGGUAAACGAUUCAACCCCAUUUCAGUUUUUUCUCUUCCGGAAAAACAAUGUCUGGUGCCUUUAUCCUAAUAAGAAUGCAGGGACGAAGUCUGUUCAGGAUAGCUUCGCUAGAGAUCCUUCAACAGGCAUAGAUUUCCCUCCAAAAAUGACCAAUGGUGAUGAAACUAUGAACUUUAUUUUGAUCGAUGGUACAUGGAGCAAUUCUGCUGCUAUGUUCAGGCGUUUGAAGGAACAAGCAAAGUUGGUUUGGGGAGACGACCUUCCUUGCAUCUCACUCUCUGCAGGUGCAUCUGCAAUGCACAAACUUCGCCCUCAACCAUCAUGGGACCGUACCUGUACAGCAGCCGCUGCUAUUGGCCUCCUCUGUGAGCUGCAAGUUCUGCCAGCAUUUAGCUCACUUGGUUUGGAUAAGAAAGCUGAAGCACUUGAGAAUGCUCUGGAGGUUUUGUUGCAAGCUCUUACAGACCGACGUCUUCGCAUGGGCAGGUCCAUUACUCGCAGAGAAAGACACAACCGUGACAUCUGCUAA